AAGAAGAAGAAUAUCCACCGAUUGAAGUUUACCGUUAAAUUGGAAAAAUGGCUUACUCCAACCCAUCUGUUGCUUUGCGUUUCUCAAAAGCUUUGUUUGAACACCGCCAUGGCGCUGCCGCUGCUCCUCCCUUCUCCGCCGCUGCCGCCGUUUUUAUUUCUUAUAAGGUUGAUACGAGCGAGGAAAGCGACGUGUCGGGAGCAAAAGCGGAAGAGGUGAUAGCAGAGAUGGUGGAAGAUGGAGCGGUGGGAAGUACGGUGGAGGUGGCCUAUGAUGCAACGAAAGGGACGACGGAGAAGGUGAAGGACACCGUAAUUGCAGAGGCAAACGAAAAUGUAAUGGACACUACUGAGUACAGAAGCAUGGAGAAUAUGGAUGAUCAGAAGCAAUAGUUCUAUGGCUUUUUAGCUUCCAACUGUUUUUGGCAAAUAUUAAAAAGGGGAUGAAAUUUCUUCAUCAUCUUCUUAAAACCUCUCAAUGUUAUGGGGUAUAUAUAUGAAUUUGAUUUGGUUAUAAAUAUAUAAAAUAAUAUCAUUUUGGUUGUGGAUGGAAGACACUUUUGAGGAUGAUCUUAUUACUUGUUAUAAUAGAUUAAAGUGUCUCAAAUAAUUUCAUUUUUUUGUAA